AUGGAGCAAUAUCAAUCCCAAUCCCAUCCACAACAGCAAAGCCAGCAGGUGUGGAAUUCGCUUGAUGACCGCGUGGAGUUUUUGCUCCGGCGCGUAGCAAAACUCACAGAGCAGCGCCAGCACAUUGCACAGGAUAUCGCACGCAGUGUUAUAGCCGAUGGCGGAAGCCUCUCAUCCAGUAUCGAGGAAAUCAAAGCUGUCUCGUAUGGUCUGCUUCCGCAGUUUGCCGAUCGCGGGGCUGGGCUCGCACGACACAUCGCUAUAAGUGCCUCUUUGGCGGAGUCAAGUUCCAGACGGGUAAAGCAGUUAGACUUCCUUCUUAGCCGCGUGCGGGCCGCGCGAAUGGUUGCGGACUCCCUGCAGGAGAUGAGACGGUCGGUUAUAGCGGUGCAAACCAUGAUCGAUCGCGAUGAAUUGGAGAGUGCUGUGCAGUUGAUACGUAAGUACGAAGAGGCAAGCGGAAAAUUGGGUGGCCGCAGUGUGUCAGCUCGCAUUCUGCUACGUGAAGAGGAGGGAGAGGAUGAACACGGUGAGGAAGUGGUGAGCGGCGUGGAGGAGGAGGAGGAGGAAGAGGAAGAAGUGCAGCCGGCGGUGAAAUUAUCAUCCGAUGAACAAAUGGAAGAAAGAAAAGAGACAGUGUCGGCAGUAACCGUUGGGGAAACGCUUCAAACGCAGGGAAUAGGUGAUGAGGGCGGUGUCCUCGCCUCCACCUCAUCGACUGCUGGAGGCCACGAAACAGCGGCUGAACCGCGGGUAAAGGCAGCUGCAAAAAUGAGGAGGAAGGGUACUUGGAAAAAGGGCUCCAGUGGUUGCGAUGAAUACGGUGGAAGAGCCGCACACAAUGAUAACGACGUCACCGCUAAUCGCGGGGAGGUUGACGAUGAGGUGGAUCGCAUUAUCGUAAAUGCCCGGCAGACGGUUCGCGAAAAACUCAUGAAGAGGUUCUACUCAGCAAAGGUUGUCAACGACAAGCAGACAAUAAUGGACACUGUGCGGCUGCUUACGCUUCUCGGGUUUCGCGACGAGUGUUGUUGCAUGUACUGCUCGUGGAUGUGCGAACAUACCAUUGUCGCACUUAAUAAGAUGGUUGAGCGUGAACUGCGAAAGAUCGAUGACCCAAAUGAAGCGGGCAUGAGCCAUUUAGCGUUGGUCUCUGCGGGGCUUGACUUGGUGGUAGCAACCUUCGAAAAUGAGGAGGAGUUUGUUCUCGAAACGUUUGGGGAUGCUGGACUUCUCUUGCUUCUGACGGAGCUACACAGCCGGUCAACAAGUCAAUGUGUGCCUGUGCUAAAAGACUUCCUGAAGAAGCGACAGGAGGUACUGCAGGCGGUAGACUGUACGAAUAACUCUCCGUCACCUCGUGGGGAAAGUAAUGAUAACAGUGGCAGGAGUGCUGUCACCUCACCGCGUCAACCCCGUGCCCUUCAAAGUCGCGGUACAACACUGGAUCCGCGUCGUACAGAUCAAAUAUUGGAGGAGAUGUCCCAUCUCGUAUCUUGCUACCAUCUUUACUGGACCUUUGCUCAGUCCAAGCAGCAGGAGUGUACUCAGCGGGUGCGAGAGAAGGAGGGAGGAGCACGAGAACAAAACGAUGGUAUGAAUCAGUCGGCAGACUCCCUGUGGUCCUCGCGGGAUAACCCUCUCAUGACUGCUGUGCAAGAGAUACUUGCCAUUUUUGUUCCCCUUCAGACGCAUUACUUUGAAGCCGCGUUCCACCAAGUACUGCAGAUACAGUUAGACGCCAUUAAUGCCAGCAGCCACGAACACCCAAUGCCUUCAACUACGGCUGCCGUAACUGCAGGCAAUAACAGCACGAAGCAACAGGUGGGGUACGGAUCCACAACCUCAAACAAGGCAGCAGCAACUUUGAUGACCGGAUUGGCUGCGGCCAUAUAUAAUUCCACAACAUCGGGAAGCAGUGCCAACACCGGUGGCAAUGAUGCCAGUGGUAUGGUUGGUGCCCUUGUGAACAGUAGCGUAAGUGGUGCUGGGAACAACUCAGGGAUUGCCGUGAUCGAUGAAGACUUUCUUAGUUCCACCAGUAGUCAACAGUUGGCGCCGAUCACACUUCCAGACGAUGUCUUCUACUUUCUCCGUAUAUCCUUGCAUCGGGCGGUGAACACAAAGUCCACGCAAAUUAUUUCGGCGGUUUUCAUUGCCUGCGGAGAACUUGUCCAGUCCCAACUAAUCCCCACUCUGAACAGGUAUACUGCACUGCCCCACACCACACAGCUCCAAAAACUUCAAACAGUGCACCAACAGCGGGCACAGCAGCAGCAAGGACACAACUACCUGUAUACUGUCCCAACUCGCAUUCUGCGCUGGACAGCGGCAACACAGUGUACGAUCACAUAUAUACGUCGCUUUGCAGACGAGUUGCGGCAGCUUUCGCGCUCGCAAUUCAGUGGAAAGGAUGUGCUACGCUUCUCGGAACAAGCUGAUGAUAUGGACGGCACUGCCCGUGAGUUAUCCACAGGAAUACAACAAAAGCUAGAGGACUAUGCGGAACGGUGUUAUCAGGCGCACCUCGCGCGGCAUAUCGAACCAUUUGCCACACUCUCUUACGAAAUGACAGAGGAUGUGUUUUAUCAAUAUGAACUAAGCGACCCAUGGGUGCAAGCGUUCAUCGCCGCAGCAGAUGCUGCUUUAGCACACUUUGAUACCUAUCUUGACCCACGCUCCUUCGACUUGCUGCUACUGGCCCUUGUCAAGCGUGUCGUAUCGGUGGCGCGUUCGUUGCUUCUCCGCAAGUCCAUCAGCGCCUAUGGCGCACUUCAGGUGGACCGUGAGGUGCGGACAUUCCGCACCUUCUUUACUGGUCGAGCGCAUGAGGAACAGCUGCGGGAGCCUUUCAUUCAAUUGAUGGACAUGACAGCGCUGCUACUUUUGGAUCACCCACGCGAGGCGGAGCAGAAACAGGACCAGAAGGCGUUUCAAGGCGGGGGGUUCAUAUACGGUGGCAACGAGCUUACGCCGGAUGAGAAACGCCGUGUUCUUCGCUGCCGCGUGGAGUUCAAGCAGGAGGAUAUUGACCGCCUUCGAUUGUAG